GAGUUUCGAAAGUUCAAUUUCGCAUGGCGGACGUGCAAGUAGGUUCUGUUAUUUGUUGGUGAUAAAAUUUCAAUAAUUAUAUCAUUGUGUGUCCCUAUGGAAAGAGUAAUUCAGAUGCUUCUAUUUCUUUGUGGACGUGCUUUAUUUAUUCCUUAACGUUAGACGAUGUUAUAUAGUUGUUUAUAGUUGCAUUGUGUGAACUGCAGUUAAUUUUUGUUAAAAAUGGGAAAAUGUGACGAAGCCAAUGUCGAAGUUAGUAUGGGGGACUCGGCGUCCCCCAUGAAACCUGAUAAUUUCACGUUUACUGUGCCCCCGGAGGCUCCUGUCUUCGAACCAACACCAGAGGAGUUCCUGGAUCCACUGGCUUACAUCAGUAAAAUAAGACCCAUCGCUGAGAAGUCCGGGAUAUGCAAGAUAAAACCACCAGCGCAUUGGCAGCCACCAUUCGCUGUGGACGUAGAUCGUCUCCGAUUCACACCAAGAAUCCAGCGCCUCAAUGAACUGGAGGCUAUAACUCGAGUGAAGUUGAACUUUCUCGAUCAAAUAAUCAAGUUUUGGGAGUUGCAAGGGUCUGUCCUCAAGAUACCAACGGUAGAGAGGAAGCCAUUAGACCUGUAUGCUCUACACAAAAUAGUUCAAGAAGCAGGAGGUUUUGAAGUAUGCUCUGCAGAACGCAAGUGGUCAAAGAUUGCACGACGAAUGGGCUUCCCCCAGGGUAAAGGCAUCGGUUCCAUCCUCAAGAAUCAUUACGAGCGAAUCCUAUAUCCAUAUGACGUAUUCAAAAACAGUGGUGUUGUCGGUGACAACAAGGAAACUAAAAUCGAAGUGAAAGGCGAGCAAACACCGGAGAAGGCGAACACUACCGGUCGUAGUCGCACGACUAGCAAGUGCACCCCGAGCGCGGCGGCCACGCCCCCACCGGCGCGCCGUUACAAACCGUCGGAGCCCGAGGCUGCAGCGGAGCCCCAGGACAUCAAGCCGCCGCUGCACCUCACUCCUGUCAAGGAGGAGAGCCCCGAGACGCGCAGAAGUCCCCGUGAGAAUAAGUGGAUGUCAGCGGGGGCGGCAUGCGGGGGAAGGGCUCGCGUGACACGGUCCACGCGGCUGCGGGAGCACCGCAUGUCCAAUAUGACCGUCUCUGUCACACCUGCGCCACAACCCGCACUCGCACCACGGACCGACGACCCGUUGGCGAAGUAUAUGUGCCACGUGUGCGGGCGCGGUGACAUAGAGGAGCAAAUGUUAUUGUGCGACGGCUGCGAUGACUCUUACCACACGUUCUGUCUGGUACCUCCACUUGCUGAUGUGCCUAAAGGCGACUGGCGCUGUCCGGUUUGCAUCGCUGAAGAGGUAUCAAAACCGACGGAGGCGUUCGGUUUUGAGCAGGCCUCACGUGAAUACACUCUGCAACAGUUCGGCGAGAUGGCGGACCAGUUCAAAUCUGAUUAUUUCAACAUGCCUGUACAUAUGGUGCCCACAUCAACUGUUGAGAAAGAAUUUUGGCGCGUAGUCUCAUCCAUAGAUGAAGAUGUCACCGUAGAGUACGGAGCUGAUCUACACUCCAUGGACCAUGGAUCUGGGUUCCCUACGAAGUCCAGUGCGCAUCUGUACCCUGGUGAACAACAAUACGCUGAAUCCAGUUGGAACCUCAAUAAUUUGCCUGUCCUUGAGGGGUCUGUGCUUGGUCAUAUCAACGCUGACAUAUCUGGAAUGAAGAUCCCCUGGUUGUAUGUGGGCAUGUGUUUCGCAACAUUUUGCUGGCACAAUGAAGAUCACUGGAGUUAUUCUAUCAAUUAUCUACAUUGGGGAGAACCAAAGACAUGGUACGGAGUGCCGAGCUGCAAGGCGGAACAGUUCGAAGCGGCCAUGAAGGCUGAGGCGCCGGAGCUGUUCCAGCUGCAGCCCGACCUGCUGCACCAGCUCGUCACCAUCAUGAACCCUAACAUACUAAUGAAGGCCGGCGUGCCUGUCUACAGAACUGACCAGCAUGCGGGUGAAUUCGUGAUUACUUUUCCUCGUGCAUACCACGCCGGAUUCAAUCAGGGCUAUAAUUUUGCUGAAGCUGUGAAUUUCACUCCUGCUGAUUGGUUGAAAAUGGGUCGAGAAUGCAUCGCCCACUACUCGACGUUGCGACGAUACUGCGUGUUUUCCCAUGACGAGCUUGUGUGCAAGAUGGCGCUAGAAGCUGACUCGUUGAGUGUUACCGUCGCGUUGGCCGCAUACAGAGAUAUGAGGACAAUGUUACACGACGAAAGGAAGCUAAGAAAAGGACUCCUCGAUUGGGGCGUAACGGAGGCAGAGCGCGAAGCGUUCGAGCUGUUGCCGGAUGACGAGCGGCAGUGCGUCCUCUGCAAAACCACCUGCUUCCUGUCCUGCGUCACCUGUUCCUGCACCUCCACCGUCAGUUGCCUGCGGCACCACGCGCAGCUAUGCACCUGCCCGCCCUCCGCACAUAGACUCAGAUACCGGUAUACGUUGGACGAGUUGCCCGCCAUGUUGGAGAAGUUAAAGAAGAAGUCUGAAUUGUUCCGCGAGUGGGCCGAGGCGGUGCAGAACGCGCUAGAUCCCGACACGCCCAAGACUUGCGACUUGGACGGACUCAGGGCGCAUCUGAAGAGGGCGCACGAUCUCAAGAUGCAUAAAACUGAGCUGGUGAGAGCAUUAGAGACGGCGAUAGAGGACGCGGAGAAAUGUGCAAGCGUGAUCCAGCAGCUGGACCUGAACAAGAUGAGGACCCGCACGCGCCACCACGAUCCCAAGUACCGUCUCACCAUACACGAGCUCACGCUCUUCGCCGCUGAGAUAGACGGCCUCGCCUGCGUGCUGCCAGAAGGUUCGGCAGUAAAAGAAGUAUUGAGACAGACGUCCGAUUUUGAAAAUAGGGCAACAGAAUUGUUGAGUGAAGAUUUGGAUAAGACUGACCCUGCUAUCAUCAAAGAAUUGGAAGAGGUGGUGGAGAUGGGUUCGGCGCUGUGCAUCGUGCUGCCGCAGCUGUCUGGUGUUCAGGCGCGGCUGCAGCAGGCGCGGUUCCUGGAGGACGUGCGCGUACACCGUGAGGACCCCGACACACUCACGCCACAGGUCAUACAACGGCUGCUCGACCUGGCCGAAACUGUAGUGCCGCAUUAUAGGGUCGAGACUGAGAGGGCCACGCUCUGUAAACUUAAAGCUGAAGUGGAGGAGUGGGAGAGGCAGGCGCGCCUGGUGCUGAUAGACACGAGCAAGCCGCGAUCGCCGCGCGCUGACCUGGAACCCUCAUACACCACGCUGCAGGAGCUGGAUCAACUGUUGGACACCGCCAACCAGAUCCAUGCCGCAUUGCCCUCCGCCCAUGCUUUGCGCGCCGCCCGCCAGCACGCCAUGGACUGGCUCCACAAGGUGGAGGAGAUGCAGUCCAAAGACCUGUACCCAUACAUGCACAGCGUGGAGGCGCUGGUGAAGCGUGGACAGCAAAUACCACUGUUAUUAUAUGAGAAGGAUCAGUUAUCUAUCGCGUUGUCGUCUGCGCGCGAAUGGAAGCGGGGCGCUGCUGAAAUGUUUCUAAAAAAGAAUUGGCAGUACACGUUGCUGGAGGCGUUAUCGCCGCGUACAGAGAACAGCGGGGGUGGGGGCGGCGGGUCGCGGCGACGGGCGCGGGCUAACGCGGAACCUGCGCCCUCGUCUCUGGAGGCGGGCCUGUUCCUAAGAAACUUCAGCGAGGAUUCCACGCCCACAGAGAUCGUGGCCGCCUUCAAACAGGCCGAGCAUAGAGAACUCGUCGCCAUCAAAGAACUGAGAGCACGUAACAUGCGUAAAGAAGUGCGCGCCCCUCCAUCUGCCGGCAUCACGUUCUGCAUAUGUCAGAAGCGGCAGUACGGCGUCAUGACGCAGUGCGAACUAUGCAAGGACUGGUUCCAUGCAUCUUGUAUAGCUGCGUCUAAAGAAGAACGUGACGAGUCACCCACUCGUGUGGAGAUGCCUUUCGGUAAUCCCGAGCCCAAAUUCUUAUGCCCGGACUGUACUAGGACGAAGCGACCGCGUCUGGAUCGUAUACUGGCAUUACUUGUUUGGCUGCAGAAGUUGCCGGUGCGCCUAGCGGAGGGCGAAGCCCUGCAGUGCGUAACGGAGCGCGCCAUGGCGUGGCAGGACCAGGCGCGCGCCCUCCUCGCCGCCCCCGCCCUCGCCGCCCUCCCACACGCCCCCACACCCGCCCAACAGCCGCAGGUACACACCCACAAACAACUAUCUAUAUAAAGCUUAACAUAAUCGCACACCUCAAGAUAAAUAAUGGACAUCGAAACACAUCUGAAGCUGUUUUGUAUUUUUAUUUAUUUUAUUGUUUAAUGGUAAAGUCUGUCAACAUUUUUGCAAUUUACACUCAUAUAAUUAACUUAAAUAAUAUGUAUAGUGAAAAACAAUUACAGGCAAAUAUAGUCAGUGUAUAUAGUUACAUAAUUUAUAAGCAAAUACGAAAACUACAAAAGUAUUAAUAGAUGACAAAAAUAUACAUGCUAAGUUUAGUAUAUUAUAUAAUAAAAAGAACAUUUUAUUUGCUUGAAGUGCUAAAUGGUUAAAAUUUUAAAGUUGGUAAUUAUCUAACAUAACAC